AUGGAUCAGGAAGACACAAAAGAGCGAAGGGACUCCGGAUCUCACGACAUCACAUCUCCGGAGAAACUCGUCUGCCAGUACCACGAAAGCGUGGAAGUUGUUAGGGCAGGAACACUCGCAGCACUGGUAGAAAACCUGACGCGCCACGAUAAGCUCGACGGCUCCUUCAACCGGAUAUUCCUCACCACUUAUAGGCAUUUUACUUCUGGAGCAGAGCUCCUUGAGCUUCUCAUCGAUCGAUUUGACUCCUCGCCUCCCACAUUAAACGCCAUCCAAACGGCGGAAUGGUCGACUCGGAUAAGGCCACUGAUUCAAUUGCGCGUUAUAAAUGUUCUGAGGCAGUGGCUCGAACACUUCUGGUCUGAGCCAAAAGGCAUUGAUACAGAUAGAAAUUUGCGAAUACUACAGUCAUUUGCAAAGCGCGCCGCGGAUGCCACCGAGACAAGCGCGACACAACAACUUCUCACAAUAACUCAGCGCCGAAUCGCUGGUUUUGAUUGCAAGAGAAGAUCACUAUCAUCUAUCUCAUCCCCCCCAAAGCCGAUUCUGCCGCGGAAAUUAGACAAGCUCCAGUUCCUCAAAAUCGAUGCCACGGAGAUUGCUCGGCAGUUGACUAUCAUGGAAUCCCAUAUCUUUGGCAAAGUACAACGAGAUGAAUUGUUAAACAAAAACUGGCAAAAUAAAGAGAGCUCCGAUGCACCUGAGCUAGCUCCAAACAUCAGGGCCUUGAUUCGAUAUUCCAAUCAGCUCUCUAAUUGGGUCGGCGCCAUGAUACUCGCAGAAUCGGAUUUGAAAAAGCGGACUCAGGUGAUAGGACAUUUAAUCAAUGUGGCCAACAUAUGCCAUCAACUCCAAAACUAUUCCGCGGUGGUCUCUAUCCUGGCAGGCUUUGAAAGCGCGCCCGUCUACAGGCUUGCUCGCACUUGGGCAAUGGUUACCGAACGUAGUUGCAACACACUAAGGCCCUUGCAAGCCAUGAUAUGCAGUGCACACAAUUACCAGGCCUACCGUGAUACGUUACGGGUUGCAGUGGCACCGUGCGUUCCUUUUCUUGGUUUAUUUUUAAAAGAUUUGACAUUCAUCGAAGAUGGGAACGCCGCCAUGACACCGGAAGGGCUCAUCAAUUUCCACAAAUAUACUAUGCUAGCAUCAACUAUCCAUGAGAUUCAGCGUUUAAAAGAAGCCCCUUACUCCUUACGACCCGUACCGGAGUUGCAGGAAUAUCUUGCGACUCAGUUGCAAUCGGCUGUUGACUUACACGAUAUGUGGGAUAAAAGUUGUGGGCUGGAGCCUCGAGGCCGGGAUCUUGGAAAUAGACCCCGGGAUCUAUAUACCCCCACAGGAGGCAUGUUCGCGUCUAUGAUAGUCGCCUGCAUGGUCCUGGAUGAUUGA